UUUCGCGCCUAACUUCACGUCAUGUCAAUAACCUUAUUUUGUUGACAAAUAUACCUGGCAUUUAUAUUUAUGUUUUGUGGUGUUUAUAUGCAGAAAAAAUGUCGAAUAUGCCAAUAACAAACAAUAUUCUGCCACAAAAUAUCGUAAUAAAUCAAGGGCAGCUCCAGCAACACAUUAUGACGAACGUAAAUGCGAAUAAUGGUAUACAACAAGGCGCUUUGCAUCAUCCUAAUUCAAAUAUGGAACACUCAGGCAGUCCUACAAAGAAUAUUCACAACCAUAACAACGUUCAUCACUCAAAUAACACAGAUCACAGUUCUGGUCAAGUUUUCACCAAACAACGCUUGCAAGAUUUGGUUCGGGACACAGACCCAUCACUUAACCUAGAAGAAGAAGUCGAAGAAGUAAUUCUCAGCUACGUGGACCAAUUUGUAGAUCGCUGCCUCAAAGGUGCAGCAAUGAUAGCAAAAAACCGCCGCGUCAACACAAUUGAGGUUAAGGAUGUGCAACUUUUCCUGAACAGAAAUUACAACAUGUGGACCCCUGGUUUCGGCACAGACGAGUUGAGACCUUACAAGAGAAGCAUGACCACCGACGCUCACAAACAACGAACUGCUCUAAUCAAAAAAACACUAAAAAAGUAUUAGGUUUAUAAGGAUUAAUGUUAAAUGAAUUUAGAUUAGUAAGUUUUGUUCUGUGGAUGUAGUGUAAAUAAAAUCUCCUUUUUUUACA